AUGAUCGGACUUCAGAAUGCCGGAAAGUCAUCGCUGCUGCGUGUCCUUGCGGGCGGCGAGUUUACUGUAGAUUCUAUCCCUACCAUCGGCUUCAACACGAAGCGGGUCCAGAAGGGCCAUGUGACUCUGAAAUGUUGGGAUCUAGGGGGGCAACCGCGGUUCCGACCGAUGUGGGAGCGAUACUGUCGCGGCGUCAAUGCGAUCGUCUAUAUUGUGGAUGCGGCAGAUCGCGCUGCCUUGCCGGUUGCGACGGACGAGCUGCACGACUUGAUGACCAAGCCCACAUUAGAUGGAAUUCCUCUAUUGGUUCUUGGAAACAAAUCGGACCUCUCGAACAAACUGUCGGUCGAUGAGCUGAUCGACGCGAUGGACCUGAAGUCCAUCACCCGUCGCGAAGUGAGCUGCUAUGGGAUCAGUGCCAAGGAGGAAACCAACCUGGAUGCUGUUCUGCACUGGCUCAUCGCUCGAGCCAGCCGAUGA